AUGAUUAAAAAGUAUACAUUAACAUUUAAUUCAUUUGAACUCGAAUAAUCUUUUAAGCUUUGGAUCAUUGAUUAAAAUCAAAUAAUGUAUGAAAUAACAUUGUCUACCUUCUCAAUAUAUUUGAUACUCAACCUAAUCAAUUACACUCAGAACAUUAUCUACUUAAUUACAACAUCAGUCACACUCUGUAUUGAAUUAACCAUGCUUUUCUUUUUUAGAAGAUACCCUAUGCAAAGAGAGUAUAUAAAAAGCUUAAAUUUGAUCAUUGUGAGUAUAUUAAUUGAUAUUUACAUAUGGUUGAACUAUGGUUAAACUCUCUAUUUGGAAGUGGGUGCUGCUAAAUUAUGUAAUACUUUUAUAUUAUUCUAAAGGUCUCUAUUUGUAAGGCAAUAAAUUUAUUACACAAUCAGUAAUAUUUCUAUUUAGUUAAGCUGCUGAAAUGUCAUUUCUCUAAUAAUAAUUAGUACCUCUCAUUACUUAUAGUCUAUUAUGUAUUUAUUUUAUUUUCCUCCGUUAUCAGACAGAAAUGAAACGACGUUAACAUUACUUAGCUUUUAGGUCUUAAAUUCUUUAUGAGAAUUUGAUUGAAGAACAACUACCAGCAUGGGUUGUACUUGUUAAAUAUGAUAACAAAUAAGCUCAGUUAAAAAUGGACAAAAUAAAUAAGGUUAUGAAAGAAACAUUUAAUUUAAAUUCAGAUCAAAAAUUUAGAGAAUUCUUAAGAGAUUCCAAUAUCUAACCAUUAGAAGGUAUCAAUCAAAAAGCUUUUAAUUUUGAAGAUGUCUUAAUUAAAGAUCUUCUCUAAAAAUAAUCAAAUAAUUAAAUAACUAAAUUUGUUGGAAGAUUCAAUAAUAAUGAUAAAAAAUGGUAAUUUCAAAUUACUAAAAUCUAUUUUAAUACUAUAGAACCUACCAUUUUAUUAUUAUUCAUUGAAGAAGGAGGUGAUUUAUUUGAUUUUUUCACUCAUUAAUUAAAAUGGAGAGAUUAAUAACUUGUCAAUCAUAGUAAAAUGUGCUUAAAUUAUAUCAAAGAUUAAAUUAAUCUAUUAAAAUUCUUUAAAUAAUCAGCAAAUUCAUAAUAAUUAUAUCAUAUCAAUAAUUAAAUUAGUAAUAGUUAUAUAUUAUUUAAUCAAAGUUUAAACAUUUUGAAUAUUACUAAAAUUAUCUAUAAUAAAUUAAAAUAUAAUGUCAACUAAUUUAAUUUAAUAGAUUUAAUCAAUUAAUUAAAAGAAGAUUUAAAAUUUUCAAACAAAUAAUUAUUAUUUGAUAUUUGUUUAAAGACAGAUAGAUCUAAAAUGAUUUCAGUUAUAUUGAGUAUUUCUGAGUUUAUAAGAUUAAUGCUUGCAAUAAAUACGAAUGAUGAGAAAUAACUUUAUGAAAUACAUCCAUUAGGUUUUCCAAUUUAAAUAAAAUUUAAAAGAAUUCAUUCGAAUCCAGCAUGUUUAUUAAUUACGAUGUAACAUCAACUUUUGAAUAUUCCAAAUAAAAUUUAAGAGGCUUUAAAGAAAGCAGCUACAUUUACAGAUCACAAAAAUAGAAAUUGGGGUGUAAAUCAUUAUUAUGAAAACAUAUAAAAUUUGAGUGAUUAAUUUCAUAAUAUCAAUGUUACAACAAAAAAAGUAACUUAAAGUUAAAUGCCCUAUCUUGAACUUGAUUAAACUUUAUAAUAACAAUAAUAGAAAAUAGGGGUUUAUUUAGAUGGAAGUACAGAACCUUUUAGUACAUUGGGUCUUCCAUUAGCUUAGUAUUUAAUUUCAUAAAUUGGUCCUAAUAAUCAAAUAGAAUUCUAAGAUAAAAAUUUGAAACAUAUUCCUGAUCCACUUUCAUUUAGAAAUGCUAUAUCUAAAACAAAGAUAUAAUUUAAAAUAUAUGAAGACUUAAAUCAAUUUAUAUUUUAAUUAAAUGAGUAGGAUCCAAAUCCAUAUUUAGACUUUUUCAUAUAUAAUAGUAGUUAGAAAGUUGGAUUCACCAGUAUGUCUCCUGUACGUUAAAGAAAAAGUGGCGUAACAACUUAAUUGAUUAGUGGAAAAAUUAAUUGA